AUGGGUAAUGUUUUAAUUUACACACAUCCAAAUGGUCAAACUCCUCAGGUAAUUUUUUCUUUUUUACUGGUCGGAAAUCCUUUUUUUAUAUUUUUUUGGAAAAAAUCUUACUGCUCCGUAAACAGUAACGGCAAGUUGGUCAGUUUGCUACCGAUAUGGGAUUUUAAUUUGGGGCGGUUGAGGGGUCACGAAGAGUGUAGCCAAUUGGAAGAAGUUGGGUACGGGGGAAGUGAUGCAGGGCUCAUGAUUAAGAAUUUCAGUGAACUUAUGAAAGAGACGUCUUUGUCUAAUGCUAAAAUGUUGGGAGAUAUGUGCCACAUCAACUACCCUCCUCCGCAGGACGAUACGGCUUCAAUCAAUAACUCAAGUAAUCCAGCAGCAAGUCAGGGACCAGCGACAUCUGAGAGCAACAACCUACCCAUAUCAGGGCCAUCAUCAGUUUCAGCUUUUGGUAAACCCAAGGACUCUACCAGUUCUAAAGAUGUUCACUUCACGGAGCAUCCAUUCCUCAUGAGGGGUGACCGAGUAAGGCCAGCAGGACCUAGCAAGGCCGAUCUUGAGUUGCUAACACAAAACAGAGGCAAUGCUAUGCAACGCUACAAGGAGAAGAAGAAAACACGAAGAUAUGAUAAACAUAUACGCUAUGAAUCAAGGAAGGCAAGAGCAGAUACUAGGAAGCGAGUGAAAGGUCGAUUUGUGAAGGCUACUGAAGCUCCUGAUGGUUAACGUGUACUGAGACUGAUCUCCUUGCUUUGUUUGUUGUAUAUAUUUCUUAGGUUCCUCCACAGUAAAUUUGUAAUUUAGCAUUCUAUAUUUCUUGCAUUCUUUUUAACGCUGGCUCCAGCAAAUUUAAAAUUUGAUCCCUUCCCCUUCCUAA